AUGUCCUAUCUGGCGUAUGGAGCCAUUGUAGUGCUGUUGUGGCUCGUUGGAAGUACCGUGUACAAUGUAUUCUUCCACCCUCUGAAGGCCAUCCCAGGCCCUUUUAUGGCCAAGAUAACUCGAUGGUGGAUUUUUACACUCGAGAUGAGAGGAAAUCCUCAUGUCGAAAUACUUGACUUGCACCGAAAAUACGGACCGUUCUUAAGGAUCUCACCCAACGAAGUCUCAUUCAACGACGUGGAAGCCUCCAGCAUUGUUUAUGCACAAACAUCGAAAUUUGAAAAGUCCUAUUACUUCUAUCGCGCGUUCGAAGAUCAGGCUCCCAAUCUCUUCACUAUCCGCGACCGUCAAGAGCACGCCCAGGACAAGAGUCUCAUUUCCCAUGCAUUCUCCAGGGCGAAUAUUAUUCAACAUGAAGGGUCAAUCUACGAGAAGGGUUAUUUGUUGAUGGAUCGGUUUACAAAAAGUGCAAAGAACGGACAAAUCAUUCCACUUUUCCCAGCAUUCCGUUGCAUGACCUUGGAUACUAUCUCCGAGUUCGCAUUUGGAAAGUCUACUGGAGCACUCAAUUUGGAUAAUUAUAAGUCUGCCAUAUUUGAAGCCAUCGAUAAGGCGACUCACUCCGUGCCAUUCUUUCAACAUUUCCCCUUUCUCCGAGAGCUACUCCGAUGGGCGAGCUACUACAACCUCAGCGCUGUCCCGAAUGGAUUUCUAGAGCUAGGACAGAGAGCCGAGUCCGGGUUCCAGCAUAUGCAUACCAGCGACACUUGGACGAUGUUCAAGAACAUGAUGUCAUCCGCCGAAAAGAAGUCCCGGGAAUUGACUAAAGAGCACUUGAUCUCUGAAGCUAUUGUGAUGUUUGUGGCCGGAACGGACACAACUGCAGCAGCGCUCGCAGUUACUUUGCACCAUCUCCUUCAAGACCCGAAGACAUACCAGAGACUUCAGGACGAAGUACGGACUGUCAUGCCUACACUUGAUUCUCGACCGACCGUGCCCGAACUGGAUGCCUUGCCGUUCCUCAAUGCGUGCGUCAAAGAAGGUCUCCGGGUAUCCUGUCCCAGCCGAACCCGACUUCCUCGGACGGUCCCUGCCAAUGGAUGGAGCUUCAAAGGACAUUAUUUCCCAGCCGGAACAAUCGUGAGCACUACGCCUUUAUAUGCCCUCCACGAUGAGGUCAUGUUCCCUUCUCCCAGCACCUUCAACCCAGCACGAUGGUUGGUAGACGAGGAUCAGAAGCGAGAGAUGUCGACCUAUUUCCAUCCUUUCUCGAGAGGAACACGACAAUGUGUUGGACAAAAUUUAUCACUCAUUGAGCAGAAAAUCGUGCUAUCGAUGUUUGUUCGCCGCUUCAACCCCCGAGAAGUUAUGAGGAAGACGAUCAAUGUACAGGAAGGCAUUACUAUAGCACUUGACGAUAAUGUUGAUGUUCGACUUGGCUUGGCGACUGAAUGA